CUGUGGUUGACACACACACUGUGGAGCAGCCGCCGGGGCCCCACUCCCACAGCAGAAACAGACAGACAGGGCUGUGGAAGUCGCCUUUGAAGUGGCCCCCGGCCUGUAAAGAAUACCAUCCCACAUGGUAUUCAGCAUGGAAAUUUGAUUAGCUCUCACUUUCUCCACACCACUCUGAGAGCUUGUCUUCAGGUGACAUUUGGGGCUGAAGCUCAAUCCUGUAUAAAUACCAGAGGCAUCAGAAAGCAGAGGAUUCACAGUGAGGAUUUAGGAGCCGAGGUGCACAUUCAGACUAAAGCCAUGGAUAUAGUCCAGCUGUGCCUUCUCCUCCUGUGUGCCCUCCACCUGACCUUGACUGCAGUAGUGACCAAGCAGAUUGACCACAGAAACCUGUUCACACAGCGAGUGUGCUGCAAAAGACAGAGCCAUUUUGUAUACAUUGGCCAAGAUAUAUCAGGUAGUCCUGUCAGUGUGGAUGUGGGAAUGUGCAGACCAUACUGUGGGGGGGCAUCCAGACCAUCCCAUGAGGCAGGGCAGCAGGAAUACUCUAAACAUUCUUCAAUGCUGGAAUUCCUCAGGAGCAAGAAAACCAGGAGCCGUGGACUUCCGGCUCCUCAGAUCCCGGACCCCCAGGACCAGCUGGCCUCGUGCGGACUGAACCACAUGUGUGAGCCCACAGGGAUGCGCGUGGACCGCGUGCUUCUGUUUGAAGGACCGCGAGAGGUAGAGGUCAUCGAGGAGUGUCACUGCGAGAUUAAACUGACGCAGUGCGUGCGCGUUCCCGCCCUCAGGACGUACUACUCCGAGACACCGUACGAGACGGUUAUUGACGUCGGGGGAUGCUCCCGGUCCAAAGGCUCUCCAGAGGGAUUCUCCUGCGUUCCCACUGAGUUUGACUCAGCCUUAGUGGAAACUCCAAACAAAGUGGAUGUCAUCCAGACGGUGACAGCCUGUGAACUGAAGCAAAGCUGCUACAGAGUCCCAUAUGUGGAGUACUACUACCAGACUGUCCACCAUGAAGAUGGAGUCAAAGAAGAACGCCUCAAAGAAAUAGAUGUGGGCAGAUGUUUGGGUGGCUGCUCUACAGGAAACCGAUGCCUUCUCAGGAGUCCUUCUGAUCCCCAAAUCUGCCACCUAUGGGCCGAGAGACAGUCCAACUCAUGCGUCCCCCAGGGCUAUGAGAGCCACAGCUUCCACAACCAGCAUGGGAUGGUGCGCACCGUCCUCUCCAUCACUUCCUGCGUCUGCCAAGAAUAAACAGUGCGCCCCCUACUGGAAAUUUAACCCAAGACUGAAGUCAGGGGCAGUGGCUGCAGUCCACUGACCUUACCCCACUGAAUAAACUGCUGAAGAAUCAUUACCCUUAAAUAUUAUUGUAUUAUAUGUAAUAUAUGUAAAGAGGAUAAUUUUGUAAAUAAAUGUAAUACAACA